AUGUCUUCGAAAUCGCAGUUUGAAGCCGGUCAUCAAAUUCCGGUGACAAGCCAGGAUUUCCCGGGGUUGGAGAGCAACAUGCCUUAUCCCACACCUCUGUUUGAUGAGAUCCCAACCGACGAUGGCAGAAGUCAGAAGUACAAAGCAGCAGGGAAGUUGAAGGGGAAGAAGGCCAUUAUCACUGGAGGCGACUCGGGCAUUGGCCGGGCAACCGCCAUUUUGUUUGCCAUGGAAGGCGCCGACUCCCUUAUUGCGUAUCUGCCCGAGGAGGAGGAGGAUGCGCAGAAAACCAAGAAGUGGGUAGAGAAGUAUGGGCAGCAAUGCUACCUGCUGGCCACGGAUCUCAGAGACAAGGCAAACUGCAGAAAGGUCAUUGAUGAAGCCAUCAAUGUUUCCGGCGGGAAAAUAGAUAUUCUGUUCAACAAUGCAGCCUACCAAAUGAUGGUGGAGGAUAUCAACGAUCUCUCUGAAGACCAAUGGGUGCAUACCUUCAACACCAACAUCCACCCUUACUUCUUCUUGGCGAAAUAUGCUCUGCCGCAUAUGAAGCGAGGCAGCACCAUCAUCAACAACGCUAGUAUUAAUGCGUAUAUCGGACGACCAGACCUCCUCGACUACACAUCCACGAAGGGGGCCAUUGUUUCCUUUACCCGUGGACUGAGCAACCAGAAGAUCGGCCAGGGCAUCCGGGUCAACGCGAUUGCACCUGGGCCAGUCUGGACACCCCUCAUCCCGUCAACCAUGUCAGACACGGCACAGAAGGAGUUCACCAGCCCCAUGGGUCGCCCGGCACAACCGAGUGAGAUUGCAACGUGUGUGGUCUUUCUGGCUUCGUCGGACAGCUCGUCCAUCAGCGGGCAGACGAUCCAUUGUAACGGAGGAAGUGUGGUUGGGGGUUAG